AUGAGUAGUACUUCACUACCAUCAUCAUCAUCGUCAUCGUCAUCAAAUCGUUUUAAUAGUAAAAAGCUUGCAUUAACUAAUGGCGGUCGUACGCGCUUUUCUCCAUCAGGCUCUUCAAGUUCAAUAAAUAAUGUUGAUUAUACUAAAUCUGGUUCAAAUGCAGUCGCUUUACAGAAUUUAUUGAAACUAAAUCAACUUGUUGAUACUUUAAAGUCUUUAAAACGGAUCAUAUCACAUUAUUUUGAUCAAAUAUCAAAGCAAGGUGAAUCUGUGUUAGCUGGUGAUGUUCGACGUGUAUAUCGUCGUAUAUUACUCCUUUAUGUUAAAUAUCGUCGACGACAAAAUUAUAAAAAACGUCGUAUGAAACAGCCAAUUGAGGAAUCCGAUGAUGAUGACGAUGAUGUCGAUGACAAUGAUGAUAAUGAUAAUGAUAGUAGUAAUACUAAUAAUCAUAAUAAUCAAACAAGUAGUAAUACAAAUAUUUCACCGAUACAGACAAUGAAAAAAAUUGUUAGCUCGCAAAAUUUACCAUUUACACGUGCUGGUUUCGAUGCUGAUCAUGAUGGUAUUGACGAUUUUGAUGAAAUAGCAUUAGCAGCAACACGUGAUGUUGCUAAUAUACAAACUCAUUGUGUGCGAUUGAUGCUUAAUGAUCAUCAAAUGAAAUUACCUAUUUAUGGUUUGCAAACACGAUGGGACAGUGAAAUACCAAAACAACGAAAGCAGCUCGAAUCCACCAUAUCAUCGACUGCUAACAAUAGAGUUGAAAUUAUUAAAAAGACAGGAAUCAAAUCGCCGAAUGUUUUACCAUUAGCAUCUUUUCAUUCUUCUACCCUUCCAAUACCAACACCGAAUACAACUGAUCAAGAAUUGUUUUUAGGCUCACUAGCUCGUCAGUUAAAUGAACAAACAUGGCAACAACUUCGUUCAAUCUUAGCUAAUCUAAAUUCUCAAACAUCCUCAUCAACAACUAAUUCUCAUGAACAGUCUACAAAAUAA